AUGAUUCAUUUCCAAUUUUACAUAGAAUUAGAAACACCGAUCCAAGAGCUUGACAUUCAUAAAAACGUUGACCUAAUUAUGGAAAGAAUCACAAAUUUAAAAAUCGAAAUUCCGUUUGUUCUCAGUAGAAUCAAUCUUUAUUCCAAAAAAGCGAAAAAUCUAGUUAAUUACAGAAACCUUUUGUUUAGAUUAUACGAACAUUACCACUUCCCGAUUUACAAUAACUACAUUGACAAGAAUUUAUUAGUUCUACUCUACAUGAAGUACAAAAUACCAUACAUUAAAUCAUAUUUCUCUGGACCCAAUUCAGAGAUGCCAGAAAUCGACCAAGAAGAGAAAUAUUUGUAUCGAAAAGGAAAGAAAAUCUGGAAAUAUUACAUUAUUAAUGAUGACUACGAAAGCCUUAAGAAAAUGACAGAUUUUGAUAUUAACUUAAACAGCGACAAAGAAGACAAAAAUACACCAAUUGAGUUUGCUUGCAAAUGGAGCUCAUUUAAAUGUUUUUUGUAUUUAAAGUUAAAAGGAGCUAAAGUUACUGAUACAUGUUAUUACUAUGCUGUUGAAUCAGGAAACCAAAGAUUGGUAAAUGAGGUAUCCAAGACAGUUGAAAGGCAUGAUAAAUGGUCAAUGAAUGCUGCAAUUUCUUCUUUGAACUUUAAUUUCUUUAAAAAUUUCAUGGAUAAUUACAAAGUUAAACAAAAUGGAAAUAAAUUUCAAAAUAUGGAAGAUCUUGCUUAUUCUGGCGAAUUUGAUACAAGUUUACCUAUUUUCUUGUAUUUAUAUUCUUUUUACUUCAAAUACGCGAUCAAACCAUUGUCAUAUAAUGUAACAAGUUUUCGUUUACCUUAUUUGUUAGAUUUCUUAUUGGAAGAAAUCAGAAAAGCUGGAAAAACUAAUCGCGAUUUUGCAAAAUACAAUGUUAAUUCCUUCCAGUACCUUAAAGAGGAAGGAACUAUAUUAAGACAAGCAGUACUUACAUGUGAUCUCGAAUAUGUUAAACAUGUGAUUAAAAUCGGAUACAAAUUACAAGAUAAAGACAAAGAUCUUGUUUUAUACGCCGCUACAACAGAUAAUGUUGAAAUUGUUGAUUACUUAAUUACAAAUUUGAAAUUAAGUCCAUUGGUUUUUGGCGAAGACAAUGGUUGUGCAUUGCAUUAUGCCGUUUACACUUCUUCAUUCAAGGUUGUUAAGCAAUUGAUUGAGAAAUACAAAGUUCCAGCAAAUAUUUCAAACGAAUCAAAUAAAAACGCAUUAUUUUCAGCCAGCUAUCUUCCAAUUGCAGAAUAUUUGAUUUCAAAAGGUUGUGAUGCGAAUGAAUAUAAUAUAGUUUUUCUUAUUUAUGCAUCUGGAACAUCUAAGAAUAUAAAAGUUGCCAAUUACUUCAUGCGAUUGUACAGCCAAAUUACUGCAAGGAAUUUUCCCAAUGCGGAUGAAACAACUUUUGGUAAUUAA